ACGCUCGACGAGCGGGGGGGAGUUUCUUCUCGCGCAGCGCGUGCAGCCCCUACAAAAAAGUCCCGGUGCCUCCAGAUCCAAGGAGGUGGUGAUAUUCAUGGGAGCGCGGCUGAAACGCGCUCACUCGGAGCAGGAGUGAGGUUUCCGCUGCCAGCGCGGCUCUGGUUGCGUCUCUCUCGAACAGACCCCGCAUGGAGUAAAGUUGGCUUAAAAACUCCCGCAGAGGCUUUUCCCCACUUUUGGACCGCUGCUGUGACGACCUGAAGCUAUUGGCCCCACCUGGCCAUUAUGAGGCGGUCUCCAGGCUCUCUGCGCGCUCGGGACAGGAUGCCGUCUUGCUGAACUCACCCAGUCGCGGAUUUUCUACCAGCUCUCGUUCUACUGGCUCCUGAAGCGGCAGCGCCGUCUGCGCCUUUACGCGGUACUUUCAAAACUUUGUGCGUCCAAAAUGGACCGCGCAGGCUUCGCCUUGGCUUUUUUGGCGCUUCUGACUGUGGCGCUCGUGCGACCCGGUGACGGUCACGAGGCCGCGGCAGGUGGGAUGACCGACGGCGGCGUCUGGGACCUGCGGUCUGCGGGGACGGCUCAAGGUCAUUCCGCCGCAGGAGCGGAGCCUCCCGGGGACUGCGUCCGGUCCAGGGCUCCGGUCCGCCGGCCCCGGGGCGCCUCGUCGCGCGGGGAGGGCGCGCACGCGUCCAGGGGCGGACCGGCUCACGCUGCGGGCGCCUCUCAGGAGGACGCGCCGUCCGCCGCCAGGCACGCGGGCAGCCAGCCGCACAGGAGCAGGGUGAGCCGCAGGCAGAGCGGCAGGAGCUCUGGCAGCACCAGGAGGCUGGCGGGACCCAAUGUCUGUGGAGGUCACCAGUGCUGCUCCGGUUGGGCUUUGGCACCAGGCACGAAUCGCUGCAUCAAACCGGACUGCCAGCCCCCCUGCCAGAACCGCGGCUCCUGCAGCCGGCCGCAUACCUGCGUGUGCCGCUCAGGCUUCCAGGGGCCCCGCUGUGAGGAGGUGGCCCCAGAGCAGGUGUACAUCCGUGACGGGGGCUCCCUGCGGCGCGUCCAACCCGGCACCAACCCGUUCCAGAAGGACCAACCGCGAAGAAGGCCCUCAGAGAGACAGGACGGCGAGUCCAGAGUCCAGACCCAACAACCCGCGACCACUAAGCAGCCGGCCCACACUGUGACCCAAGUGAGACGGGGACCUCCUGUCUCCUCCUCUCAGCAGAGCGGGACCUCCCGCACCGUGAAACGUUACCCAUCAUCCUCUGGGCCGAUCACGUCCAAUGCUCUGCCCAGCGGCAGCGGCUACGCUAACGGCCACGCUAACGGCCACGGCGCUGAGCUCCGGAACCGCCACGGACACAGACACGGUCAGAACAAUGGGCCCGCGGUCACCAGCCACAGGCACGGGCCGUUCAGCAACGCUCUCUCGCCAGCAGGGGCCAACCUCACCUCCAACCUGGACCGCAUCAAGAUCGUCUUCACGCCGAUGAAGUGCCGGAGGCUGUGCAGCGGCGGACGCUGCUACAACAGCUGUGAGAAGGGCGACGUCACCACGGUCUACAGCGAGACCUCGCAGCAGCAGCAGCAGCAGCAGCAGCAGCAGCAGCAGGCGAGCAACCAGGGCUUCAGACUCUUCUUCUGUCAGAUCCCCUGUCUCAACGGAGGCCGAUGCAUCGGCAGAGACCAGUGCUGGUGUCCAUCAAACUCCACAGGAAAGUUCUGCCACCUGCCUUUGCCUCCUCCUGCCAGACCCACCCCACACAGCCGCAAGGAUGCCAGCCAGCAGGGACCGAAGUCUCCCUCUCACUCCAUGUACACGCUGCCUUUAUCCAACCAACUAGUUUCUCUUCACCCGUCCUUGGUGAACGUUCACAUUCAGCAUCCUCCAGAGGCCGAGGUCCAGAUCCACCAAGUUGCCCGGGUCCAGCCUGGGCAGAGGCCGGGUCCACCGGAGGGAGCUCACUCUGUCCAGCAGCGCUCCCAGCCUGCCAACGGACGUGAACACACCCACGAGCAGAGCACCAGGCGCCCACACACCAACGGCCACACCAGGCUGCAUAACCACCAGAACGGGCCUGUGGGACGGUGCUUUCAGGAAACUGUUGAUGGACAGUGUGGCAAGCCUCUGCCAGGCCUAACCAAACAGGAUGAUUGCUGUGGAAGCGUCGGUGCCUCCUGGGGCCUCAACAAGUGCCAGAAUUGUCCAACCAAACCGGCAUUUGCAGUGAUUGCAAAUGGCCAGGUUGAGUGUCCCAAAGGCUUCAAACGGAUGAACGGCACACACUGUCAAGACAUUAACGAGUGCCUGCUGCCUGGGAUCUGUAAGAACGCUGACUGUGUCAACGCCAAAGGAAGCUACAGGUGCACAUGUAGACCAGGCUUCAUGCUGGAUGCUGCCAGGAGUCACUGCGUGUCUGACAAGGCGGUGUCUGACCAGAAAGCCCCGUGCUACCGCUCCGUGUCAGCAGCCUCAUGCUCUCUGCCUCUUCAUCAUCACAUCACCAAGCAGAUCUGUUGCUGCAGCCGAGUGGGCAAAGCCUGGGGCCCCGGGUGCGAUCGCUGUCCUCUGCCAGAUUCAGACCACUUCAAGGAGAUCUGCCCAGCUGGCCACGGAUACACCUACCUGCGCUCUGACGUGCAGAUUUCCCUCAGGCAGCUGGAGGAAGAGGAUCUGCAGAGCACAGGACUUUCAUGGGACGAGCAGAGCCCUGCAUAUCCUCAGCCCUCCCUGCUGCCCAGUGGGCCACACCCCCCUCCAUAUCCAGAGUAUCCUGAGACACCUCGAGCACCCCUUUACCCUCUGACCCCUCAACAUCCUCUGUUUCCACUUCAGCCAGCCAGAGAGGCACCUGGAGAAGUUGAGGAAAUUCCAGGCCCGCCAGAUGUUGUGACUGAGUCGCCAUUGAAAUAUCCAGAGACGUCUCCGGAAUUCUCUUUAAUCAAACCAGGUUCAAAGGAAACCAGCCAAACACAUUUAGCAACAGGUAAUGAGAAGUGUUCAACCACUCCAACAAUAUGUGGCCCUGGGAGAUGCAUUCCUGUGCAGAGCGGCUACACCUGUCAAUGCGAGCAAGGCUUCAAACUCAGUGCACUCCAGACCAACUGCAUUGAUGUGAAUGAAUGUGCCGACGAGCCUUGUGGAGGGAAGGGCCGCUGCAUAAACUCGUACGGCUCCUACGCUUGCCAGUGUCACAGCGGCUACAGUCAGGUGAUCACCCAGAACAGGAAGUUCUGUCAAGACAUUAACGAGUGCAGCAUGCCCAACAAGUGCCAGAACGGCAAAUGUGUCAACACAGAAGGAUCUUACACCUGUGAAUGCGACGGCGGCUACGCCAAGUCCAGAGGAGGCGUGUGUGAAGACGUGGAUGAGUGCAGAGACCCCAGCUCCUGCUCCAGCGGCGUCUGUGUCAACACUCUGGGCUCCUUCCAGUGCCAGGCGUGCGGCCCAGGGUUCAGGCCUGUGGCUGACAGAUGUGUGGAUGUCAAUGAGUGCUUGAACCAAACGGUGUGCGGCCGAGGCCGAUGUGUCAACGCCGAAGGCUCCUAUAGGUGCAACUGUUUUCAAGGGUACAGACUCUCACCAGACAACAUUUGCCAAGAUGUGGAUGAAUGUGUGCUCCAGGGAGUUUGCCUCCACGGCCGUUGUGUCAAUCUCGACGGCACUCACAAAUGCACUUGUAACCACGGUUACCGAGUCACCUCAGACAGCAAAGCUUGUGAAGAUGUCAAUGAGUGCGCAACUGGUAAUGCUUGCCCUGCGGGAAUUUGCAUCAACACACCAGGCUCCUACCUUUGCCAGAACUGCAGGCCUGGAUUUAGGCCAUCUGCUGAUGGACUCAGAUGCGAAGAUGUGGAUGAGUGUUCUCAAGGUGAUUUGUGUCUCGGUGGGGUAUGUGCUAAUACGGAGGGAUCCUACACAUGCACCAAGUGUAAGGCUGGAUACAGAGUCUCUCAGCACCGGCAGAGGUGUGAAGAUAUUGAUGAGUGCCAGUCUCUGUUCACCUGCGCCAACGGGAUCUGUCUGAACUCAGAAGGCUCCUACACCUGUGAGAACUGCCCUACAGGAUACAGAGUGUCAUACAACGGGGAGCUGUGUGAAGACGUCGACGAGUGUGCGCUGCCCACUACGUGCCCUCGGGGAACGUGUACAAACACAGAGGGCUCCUUCACGUGCGUCACCUGUCAGCCGGGCUUCACAGUUUCGGAGGACGGACGACAGUGUGAUGAUGUGGACGAGUGCUCGGUGCCGAACGUGUGCCCAGGCCAGCUGUGCCUGAACGCCCUGGGAUCUUACACCUGCAGGAGCUGCGGCGCUGGCCUGCGGCUGGCUGAGGAUGGAUACGGCUGUGAAGACGUGGACGAGUGCCAGACCCCAGGUGUGUGUCCCAUGGGUGUGUGCACAAACACAGAGGGCUCCUUCUCCUGCAUGGCCUGUGACCCAGGCUUCACUGUGGCCCCCAAUGGACUGUCAUGUGAUGAUGUGAAUGAAUGUGAGGACCCCGGCCUGUGUCUGGGAGGACGGUGCACCAACACCAUGGGUUCCUAUAGCUGUGCCUGCUCCGCUGGUCAGGAACUGGUUGAUGGGACAUCUUGCAGAGAUGUCAAUGAGUGUUUAACCGUUGUGGGAAUCUGUGGAGAAGGAGACUGUCUGAACACUGAGGGCUCCUACUUGUGUGUCUGCCCUGAUGGAUAUACCGCCAUCGAUGAAAGAACUGGCUGCCAAGACGUGGAUGAAUGCAGCAAAGACAACGUGUGUGUCCACGGUCAGUGUCUCAACACCGAUGGCUCCUUCUUGUGCUUGUGUGAGGCUGGCUUCAAGUUCAACGCGGACGCAGCGGACUGUGAAGACCAGGAUGAGUGCGAGGAGUUUGGCAGCUCGGUGUGUGGAACCUGGCAAUGCAUGAACACCAUCGGCUCCUACCAGUGCUCCACGGGCUGCCGUCCUGGGGCUCCAGACUGUGAUAUUGAUGAGUGCGUCAAUGAAACCAUCUGUGGCCCCCACGGCUUCUGCGAGAACACGGACGGCUCCUUCCGCUGCCAGUGUGACCGGGGCUACACAAACCCGCCGGCAGAAAGCAGCAGAUGCAUCGACGUGAAUGAGUGCGAGAUGAGCUUGGCGCUGUGCGGGGAGGCCCUGUGUGAGAACGUCGACGGCAGCUUCCUGUGCAUCUGCCCCAACGACAAUGAGGAAUUUGAUCCCAUCACCAGCCAGUGCCGCUCCCUGGCUGAUAUUCCUGUGAAACCUGCGGUCCGAGUCCCUCCGUCCACCGCCUCAGCCGAGGAGAGGAAGGAGUGCUACUACAACCUGAACGAUGCCAACUUCUGCAACAACGUCCUGUCUGACAACACCACCAAGCAGGAGUGCUGCUGCACCGCAGGGGCGGGCUGGGGGGACAACUGUGAGAUCCACGCCUGUCCCGUCCAAGGCCGAGAUGAUUAUAACCAGUUGUGUCCUCACGGCAGUGGGCUGUUACCGCUGCCUCACUCUGCCGCUCACAGUCUGGGAGAGCAGCGUCCUUACAUAGAUGCUAAUGAGUGUGAGAUGUUUGGACCAGACAUUUGUAAGAAUGGAAAGUGUUCCAAUCUCUUUUCCACCUACACUUGCUACUGCCGCUCAGGCUUCUACUACGACAACAUUAAACUCGAGUGUGUGGAUUAUGACGAGUGUGAAUUUGGAAAUACCUGCCAGGGCGGCGCGUGCGUGAACACCGCCGGGUCCUUCAACUGCUUCUGCAGCCCCCCCCUGGUCCUGGACAGCACACGCCGGAGCUGCAUCAGCACCAACACCACAGAAGAGACCGAUAACGACGUGCACAUGGAUAUUUGCUGGCAGCAGCUGGAGGGAGACAACAUGUGUUCGGACCCGAUUCAGGGCCGCAGGACCACAUACACCGAGUGUUGCUGCCUCUACGGCUUGGCGUGGAGCGGACAGUGUGCCUUCUGUCCCAGAAGAGACUCCGAGGACUACGCCAUCAUGUGCAACCUGCCCCAGAGAGGAGGCUCAGACAGCCUGCGAGGGCGGCCGGGGUACGAGUACGGCGUUGACGGGCCCGAGGACCCCGCUGAGCCCUUUGUGCCUCUGUACUGGGACAGUUACGGCGUUCCCGACAGCGUCCCGCUCUUCAACGACUACGGCGUCCAGCAGCCGCCCGCCCGCGUUCCCGUCCCACGGCCGCGGGAGCACCAGCCCCAAGCGGUGGACGAGCGCUACGACAGCUUUGAGGGGCUCCAAGCGGAGGAAUGUGGGAUCCUGAACGGCUGUGAAAACGGCCGCUGCGUCCGCGUGCGCGAAGGCUACACGUGCGACUGCUUCGACGGGUAUGAGCUGGACCUGGGGAAGAUGGCCUGCAUAGACAUAAACGAGUGUGAGGACAUCAGCGACAAGGUGCCUCUGUGUCAGAACGGCCUGUGCUCCAACACGGAGGGAUCGUACAAGUGCACCUGCUCGCCGGGCUUCGUGGCGUCCGCACAGCCACACAAGUGCAUCCCCGCCAUCCCAGAAUCUGGGCCCGGGCCGGCGGAGAACUGAGACGGUGACUGCUGGAGAGCUGCUUUUCAUCCGCGCUCUCGGCCCUUGUCCCCGAGGGCCUGGCACUAAACCUCCAACUGCAACGCUGAAA